UGCCCGCUGCGAGCGGCCGGAGCUCCCGGUCGUGCGUGCGGGGCUGGACAUCAGCGCUUUGAGGGGCGCUCGAGGAAGCACGGGGCUAGUCACAGAGGACGGGCAACAAUAACAAGAAGAACAGCAAUAAACUCGAGCUGCUUUCAAAUGUCAGCUGCGCGAGCGCUGUAGACGUCCAGACAGCAAGAUACUCUGCUAUUUUGCCUGCUUGGCGGAUCACUCAUUGCCUCGUACCAGCAUGGUCAUGGCGGACUGUCAGCAGGGGCUGUCUCACCGGGGUCCGGUCCGGGUGGGUUUUUACGAUAUAGAGCGCACUUUAGGAAAAGGCAAUUUCGCCGUGGUGAAGCUCGCGAGACACCGCAUCACUAAGACAGAGGUGGCAAUAAAAAUCAUUGACAAGUCACAACUGGAUGCUGUUAAUCUGGAGAAGAUAUAUCGUGAAGUCCAAAUAAUGAAAAUGCUUGAUCAUCCUCACAUAAUCAAACUUUACCAGGUAAUGGAGACCAAGAAUAUGCUGUAUCUUGUCACAGAAUAUGCUAAAAAUGGGGAAAUUUUUGAUUACUUGGCAAACCAUGGCCGGCUCAGUGAACCAGAAGCCAGGCGCAAAUUCUGGCAGAUCCUGUCAGCUGUAGAAUACUGUCACAAUCGAAAAAUCGUCCACAGGGACCUGAAGGCAGAAAAUCUUUUGCUUGAUGGACACAUGAACAUAAAGAUUGCUGACUUUGGUUUUGGCAAUUUCUUCCAAGCUGGGGAGCCCCUGGCCACGUGGUGUGGGAGUCCACCUUAUGCAGCACCAGAGGUGUUCGAAGGGCAGAAGUAUGAAGGUCCACAGCUUGAUAUUUGGAGUCUGGGUGUUGUCCUUUAUGUGCUGGUGUGUGGAGCACUACCCUUUGAUGGGCCCACGCUUCCUGUCCUGCGACAGAGGGUCCUAGAGGGCAGGUUCAGAAUCCCUUACUUCAUGUCAGAAGACUGUGAACAUUUGAUCCGGCGCAUGCUGGUUCUGGACCCUUCCAAGCGGCUGACAAUUGCACAGAUCAAGGAGCAUAAAUGGAUGGUAAUGGAAGUUCCUCUACAGCGACCCUUGCUCUACCAGCCAGCUGUUGUUGAAGGCAGCGAGCAUAGGGUUGGAGAGUACAAUGAACAAGUUCUGCGACUCAUGCACAGUUUGGGGAUUGACCAACAUAAGACAAUAGAGUCAUUACAGAACAAGAGUUAUAAUCAUUUUGCUGCUAUUUACUAUCUACUGGUGGAACGGCUCAAGUCUCAUCGGAGUAGUUUUCCUGUGGACCAGCGGUUAGAUGCCAAGCAGAGACGGCCUAGCACUAUUGCUGAGCAAGCAGUUGUCAAGGCUAGUCCAGUAGGGCCCCAGCCCAGCCUCCUACCACAGAACACCCGGCUCCUUUGCCCUCCUGUCCUGACGCAAACCUCCGCUGUUGAUUCCUACAGUUUUUCGCAGCCUCCCCGGAUUACUGACAGCAGCUUCAUGGAGGAAGAUGUUAAUACCCCAAAGGUCAAUGGCUGUCUGCUAGAUCCUUUGCCUCCAGUUAUUGUGAGGAAAGCUGGUCCAUCUUCCCCAAGUAACAUGAUGCAGACCUCAAUUGAUGAAGGCAUUGAGACGGAGGACCCAGACUCUAAUGAAGACCCCUCACAGGUCUAUUCUGCCUUCCAAACCAGUCGCUUUGGCCAGCGCCGGCACACUCUGUCUGAGGUCACCAAUGAGAUUGGCAUAAUUCCUGGCCCAGCAAAGAUCUUCCCCCUGGACAACACAUCUUUAGGUAGCAUGGACUCAGAAUAUGACAUGUGCGUAGUUCACAGUAACCUAAGUCUAUUAGAAGACACCCCUUCACUGAAUGAAGUGGUACUAGCCAACACAUCUGUCACCCGAAUGACCCCUCCUUUCAUUGGGAUGAGGCCAACCAACCCUACCAUGCAAGCACUGGCAUCACAGAAACGAGAUGUGCACAACAGAUCUCCAGUCAGUUUUCGGGAAGGCCGCAGAGCUUCUGAUACAUCUCUGACGCAAGGUAUUGUGGCCUUCAGACAACACCUUCAGAAUCUGGCAAGGACCAAUGGGAUCUUAGAGCUGAAUAAAGUGCAGAUGUUGUACGAACAGAUGGGUCCAUGUGAGCAGUCUGCUUUGUUGUCCAGCACAGCUCCACACCUGCAGGACCUUCUCGGCCAUGUCCAGCAGGGAGAGGUUUCCCAGCAACCUGACAACAUAACACUUUUCCAUAAUGGAGACCCUCCUCAGCUACAGUCCCGACGGCAAAGUUUGGAGAGCCAGUUCAAAACUCACAGACUACAGAAGGCUGGCCUUUUAACUCAGAACAGCUGUCAGGUGUACUGUAAGGAGAUUCCACGGAGUCUGGAACAGCAGUUACAAGAACACAGGCUACACCAGAAGCGGCUCUACCUUCAGCAGUCUCAGCUGCAGUCAUACUUCAAUCAAAUGCAGAUUGCUGAGGGCUCCUACCCUGGACCUGCUCCCGACAUGUCUUACGGACUUCAGGACCAGUCUUCACAUCAGACGGUGGUACAGUCUACGGUGCAGGCUAGUCCAGCCCCAAAUCUGGGACAGUUCAGUCGGGGGCAGCACCUGAGCCCGUUACUGGAGCCUUCAAUGGACCAAAUUCCUUAUGACCCCUUCCACAGUCAGUACCAUGAGGUGCAGCUGCAGAGUCCGCUUGGAGGGACCCAGCACCCCCACCCCCAAGAAAUGAGUUACAGCUUCCACCCUCAUGAACCUACCUUGCUCCCUUCUCCUGAUCCCAUCUACCAGGAGCCUUAUUUGCACUCUCUGCCAGAGUCCAGCCAGCAGCAGAUCUUUGCUGGAGUAGAAAAGUUACCUCCCCGCUAUGAGAAUUUAGCAAUCCCAGAGUUGCAGGGCACUCUGUUCGACUGUGAAAUGAUGGAAACCGUGGACCCUCAGCAUGGCUUUGUGCUUGUCAAUUGAGUGGCAUGCUGCUAAUGGCACUGAACAAAAACACAGUAUUACCUUCGUGGAGCCAACUGGUGUCCAGAGAAGAGAACCAAUGAAGGAGAAGUGAAGACUUUGUGCUUUGAUUCUUUAUUUCCAUACCUCAGUGAAGCUUACCCCAGUAAAAGGAGGUGCCACAGCAGUGUGUGUAUACAAAAGCAUGGCACAGGAUCAGCUAGUGAGCAACAGUUAACAGUUUGUAAACUGAAAACUUUUACACCUUAGUUCAACCUUUCAGCAGUCAUUCCAGAGUAAGCAAGCUCCUCAGAUGUUUUGUGAGUAAACUGGCAUCAGGGAUGAGCACUGCCAGCAGCAGGCUGUUAAUUGGCAGGAUAAAAGAGCAUCUCUCUGAUCAACUGGCCAAUAGUGGCCCCUCCACUGAAAAUGCCACCACCUCUUCAUUCAGGUAUCAUAGAGUGCCCCUUGACUGAAGGCAGGUGGCAUGCUGUAGCACACGUGUAGCCACGCUGAUGGCCAGCACAUUAGCCUGGGUAAAAUGGACCAGGGCAGCUGGACUGACUUUGGUCACUAAAGGAGAAGAGCUGCCUGUCUGUUAAUAGGGCCCACUAUACACUGUAGCAUUCUGUGUACUCUUGUCAAUGGUACAGGCUGCCUUUCUCUUACUUGGCACUUGGAGGGGCUGACACCUUGUACUGGCAUCUGUUCUCUGCCUAGGUGUUGUGAAGGAAGGGCUCACUGAGGCUGAUCUCUCCAGUGUCUUAGUGCAUUUGUAUACAUAGGCUGUAGUGACCAUCUCAAUAUUUUAUUUAUAUUUAGGGCCCACUCCCUAAGGUGCAGCCUUUGAAAUUGCAAGAGGGCAAAUACCUUUUGGGAGUGGAAUGAAGGCAUUAAGCAUAUUGGCUGGUGUGCAGCUGUUUGGCAAAGCCCUGCAAGCAUUGGGCUCCUGGGUGCAAAGGCCGGUGGCUCCUCCAGGCAGCAAUACUUUUUCACCAGCUGGAGACGCAGCUUCUCGCGCCUGCACACACACCAGACGUGGCUUCCUUGGAAGCUAAAUGAUAUAAAACUGACCUUUUCCCUGCCAGCAACUGGGGCUGCAAGUUUUCAUUUGUGUUGUGGGAUCCUGGCCAACUGAAAUGGUACAACACCUCACUCAAGCAAAGAGCACAACAGACAGUUUAUUUUGGUUUAUUUUCUAAAUAGGAAAAGAAAGAAAGAAAAAAAAAAACCUUAUCAGUUAAACUUCCUACAUGGCCGCACUGUGCAGCCUUGGGACAAGACAUGAGCUGCUCCAGAGGUCCGAUGCUGUCCUGUGGCAACAAAUAAGCAAUACUCUUACGAGAACCCAAAAAGGAAGCCUUAACCAGCAGCUGGGUUCCUUAUGAACAUUCAGCCACAUUGCAGCUCACUUCCACCGGCCCUCGAGAGGGCGCGACGACAGGACAUGGGCCUCACUUUAAUUGUUGUGGACAAACUGAUGAUGACAAGAAGGAUUUUUUUUUUCUCUUAAGGAACACGUUUAUUCCUAAAUUUGGGGGAAAAAAAUAUCUCAAAGCAAUUUGGGGGGGGGGCGGUUUUAAAAAAAAAAAAAAAGCACCUUGUUUUUUUUGGAGGGGGGGCCAGGAGCAAAACAAGCUGUUCUCUACAAGCACAGUGUUGGUGUGUUUUGAUUCAUCCUAAACCUAUGGCAGCGGAAGAGGACCCUCGCUAAAGCACUUAAAACACUAAAGCGCCAACCGAAGAAAUUCCAUCACUGGCGGGCAGGACAGCUGGGCUCAUCUCUUUGGAGGGGAUGCAGAGCUUUGGUUUGGCGGUGAGGACAGGCGUGAGCAUACAGCACCUUUCAGGGUUUGCUUUCUGACAAAAUGAACACAAUAUUUCGAUAUUAUGCUUUGUAUAAAUUAGGGUUUUAGAAGUUGAGGAAAAAAAAACUGCUUUCAAAACGAUGUGUUGAGUGUAAUAGUUGCUGUGCCUUUUUGUUUAUAUUAUUUAAGAAUCAUUUUUUUUCUACAAAUUAGCUAAAAAUCCCAUUAAUACCAAGGUACAAACCAAAGUCCCUUCAGAUUUUUUUUUUGCCUUCCACUGUGUGGAUUCUUAGGUAUUUCUGAACAAUUGCUUUUGGUCAAUCACUCUACGGCGUAUACAAGUAUUAGAGCAAUAUUUAUAAACAAUAACAGUGAAUGUGUCAUUGCUGUUUGUAUCAUUUCACAUAAAUGUUUUGGAACUUAGUCCAGCAUUCAAAAACAUUAUUGUUCACCAAAACAUAAGCUACAGUGCUGUGGAGAAAUAAAAAAAAAGGUCACUUGGUUGCA